CAUGGAGUCGGUGGCUCUCUACAGCUUCCAGGCGACGGAGAAGGACGAGCUGCCCUUUCAGAAAGGGGAUGUCCUGAAGAUCCUCAACAUGGAAGAUGAUGAGAACUGGUACAAGGCUGAACUGUAUGGCUGUGAGGGAUUCGUCCCCAAAAACUACAUCAGGCUCAAGCCACACCCGUGGUACAUGGGCAGGAUCUCCCGGCACCUGGCAGAGGAGCAGCUCCUCCAGCGCAAGCACCUGGGAGCCUUCCUGAUCCGCGACAGCGAGAGCACUCCAGGGGAGUUCUCCAUCUCUGUCAACUACGGGCAGCAAGUCCAGCACUUCAAGGUGCUGAGGGAGAGGAAUGGCAAAUAUUACCUCUGGGAGGAAAAGUUCAACUCUCUCAACGAGCUGGUGGAUUUCUACAGGACAACCACUAUUGCCAAAAAUGAGCAGAUCUUCCUCCGGGAUGAGGACCAGACCCAGGAGGUGAGAAGACCCAGAUUCGUGCAAGCUCAGUGCAACUUCUCAGCCCAGGAGGGCUCCCUACUGCCCUUCCUCCGCGGGGACAUCAUCGAGGUCCUGGACUGUCCUGAUCCCAACUGGUGGCAGGGGAAGAUCUACGGGCGUGUUGGCCUCUUCCCUCGCAACUACGUCCACCCCAUCCGCAAGUGAGAGACCCCCACGG